ACUACAGCUCCCCCUGAGUAUUGCAAUUGACAGAGAGAGACAGAGCUGUGUUAGCACAGAACUGCGGGAGUCUGUGCUACUGCUGGUAAUACUGGGGAGGAGAAAGUGGGGUGUGUUUUAUUUUAUGUUGGAAAGGAGAGAUGAAAAAUACAAGAGGCAGGGUUAAAGUCGCCCUGAUCAUCCUGCUGGUUCUGCUGUCUGUGUUUCUAAUAUUUCUGAGCGCUUUGUUAAUCAGGACCUACACAUUCAGCGCUGCUGGGAACCAGGACUCCAGCUACUUUGACAGGAGUCAUGCAGCUUUUGCAGCAAACUUCAGCGAGUCUGAAGGAAAACUACUUCUGGACAAUUUGAAAGGGGCACUUCGUAUCCGCACUGUCAGCCGCAACGCCACUGACUUUGACAUCUCCGCCCUGGAAGAGUUUGGAGACUUUUUGCCUAAAGUAUUUCCCACUGUGUUCUCAUCGAACCUUGUACAACAUGAGAUUAUCGCUAAGUACAGUCACUUGUUUACUGUCCGUGGAUCAAACGACAGCCUCCAGCCAUUCAUGCUGAUUGCCCACCUGGAUGUGGUCCCUGCAUUGGAAGAAGAGUGGGAUGUUCCACCGUUUUCUGCGGAGGAGAAGGAUGGCUAUCUAUACGGACGUGGGUCUAUGGACGACAAGUCGUCUCUUAUGGGAAUCCUCCAAGGUCUGGAAUUUUUACUGAAACGAGGCUACAUACCCUGUCGAUCGUUCUACAUUGGAAUUGGACAUGAUGAAGAGGUUGGGGGAAACAAUGGAGCUAAAAACAUAGCAAAAGUCCUGCAGUCCAGAGGAGUAAAGCUCUCCUUUCUUCUGGAUGAAGGCUCAGUUAUACUCGAUGGAGUUAUACCAGGGCUGAACAAACAUGCUGCAAUUAUAGCUACCUCUGAAAAGGGAUUUGCUACCGUUAAUUUGAAUGUGAGUGUGGACACUGGCCAUUCCUCAAUGCCACCAAAGGAGACUAGCAUUGGAAUCUUGGCAGCUGCAGUGUCCAAACUGGAAAAGAACCCAAUGCCCAGAAUGUUUGGGCAAGGACCAGAACGUGGAUUGUUUGAACAUCUGAGUCCUCAGCUCCACUUUCCUCUGAACAUGGUCAUGGCCAACCUGUGGCUGUUUUCUCCGAUUGUUAGCAGAAUGAUGGAGAAGAAACAAAGUACAAACACUAUUGUCCGUACCACCACUGCAGUUACAGAGUUUCAUGCUGGGAUUAAGGCUAAUGUGAUAGCUCCUUUCGCGAGGGCAACUGUGAACUUCCGGCUCCAUCCAGUCCACACUCUGGAUCAGCUUCUCCAGCAAAUUCAGCAUAUUAUUUCUGAUGAACGAGUGAAGAUUGAAGUUCUGCAGCACUAUCCCUCGCUCCCAAUGAGUUCUUACGAUGAUACUUCAUUCGGCUAUCAAGUUAUCAAAGGGACCAUUCAAAACAUUUUCCCUGAAGUAGCUGUUGCUCCAGGUUUGUGCAUUGCAAAUACAGAUACCAGGCACUACCAGAAACUGACCAAGGAACUCUACAGAUUUAUUCCAAUGAUAUUGAAGCAAGAAGACGUAACUCGGGUACAUGGCGUGAAUGAAAGAAUAUCAGUAAAGAACUAUGAAGAAAUUGUGAAGUUCUAUUUCCGACUACUGCAGAACUCUGAUCUAAGCAGUCUACCAUCUUCCCGCAUUCCCUCUUGUGACCUGUAGAAAGUUCCUGGAUUGGCACGGACUGCUUUCUCUAACUUAUGUUGCAAAUAUUCCCAUAACAUUCACUCAAAAUCCAACUAAAAUUCAACCACACAUAUUUACCUCUCAACGUUGUUGGAGAUUGGGACAACAUGUCUUAACUUUGCAGACUUUUAUCGAUGGGUGUGAUUAGCGUAACUAAUAUAAGGAAUAAGAAUUGUGAAACAUCUCAAUGACUCAAUGUGUGAAACAGGGUUUAUCCUCUGGUCUGAGAUGAAUUGGUUUAUUGUGCUUAGACUCGGAAAGGUAGGGAGAACGUGAUGGAGGUGGGUGGUGGGGAUUGGAAAGAGAGAAAAGAAUUAGCUAGGGUUACCAGUUCCUGAUACGACACAGUAGCCCUGAGCUGGAAAUGUUAAUGUGUGGCUGAUGCUGGGUAGAGAAGGUUACACAUUUACAUUCGCCUGUAAAUGUGAAUGGUAGAAAGGAAGCACAUGUACUGGACAAAUAUUGUCUCUUUUGGAACUGCAUCAGCAACUACUACAAUGAUGAUCCAAGAGACAUAGCAACAAAUAUUAGAAAAGAGUUGAAAAGACCAUUACAAGGUAUGCUAAUACCUACAAAUUACAACUGUAUUGAAUCAACAUAUACAUCAAAAUGAAUAUGUAUGGAUAUUGUCAUCUGCCUUAGAGAAUGUUCCUACUGGAUUUAUCUGCGUGGUAAAUAACAUUAUCCAACACCUUUCACAGGUGAUGCAGUUUGUGGAAUUAUGUUUAAUGAAAAAAUUUUAAUGAUAGUUUCACAGUAAUAUUUAUAUAAUUAUUCAGGGUAGUCACAAUGAAGGCCUAUAUUUAAAAAUCAUUUAUACAUGAAUUAUAAGGGGCAGAUUGAGGCCCUUUGAGUCAGGAAAAUUCUUCAAUGCCAUUCUUGUGGCUUCACAACACUAUGUUUUAUUUUUGCCAGAACAGUAUUAAAUUUAUUGCAUAAUUAAAGACAUAUUUGAAACCUG